GCAGCACUGUGUUGACAUAUCGAAGUAGGGUUAUGUUAUGUGCGCUUUGUAUUCGUUUUUCGUAAUUUAUCACUAAAAAUGGAUUUUCAAAAUCGUCCCGGUGGAAAAACCGGCGGCGGCGGUGUGGCGUCAUGGUCGGAAACCAACAGAGACCGCAGAGAACGUUUAAGACAACUUGCGUUGGAAACUAUAGAUCUUCAGAAGGACCCCUAUUUUAUGAAAAACCAUUUGGGGUCAUAUGAGUGUAAGUUGUGCUUGACGCUGCAUAAUAACGAGGGCAGUUACUUGGCGCAUACUCAGGGUAAAAAGCAUCAAGCCAAUUUGGCUAGACGUGCUGCCAAGGAGGCAAAAGAUGCACCUUCGCUAAUCCAGCCUGAAAAGCCAAGAGUUGAACCCAAGAAGUUUGUGAAGAUUGGUAGGCCUGGUUACAGGGUCACCAAGCAGAGGGAUAUUGAGAAUGGGCAGCAGAGCUUGCUAUUUCAGAUUGAUUAUCCAGAAAUUGGUGACAUGGUGAUACCACGUCAUCGUUUCAUGUCAGCCUAUGAGCAAAAAAUUGAGCCGCCAGACCGCAAAUGGCAAUACCUGCUAUUCGCAGCCGAACCAUACGAAACGAUUGGCUUCAAAGUACCGAGUCGCGAGGUCGAAAAAACCGACACGAAAUUCUGGACGCACUGGAACAGAGACACAAAGCAAUUUUUCUUGCAGUUUGCAUUUAAAAACGAAGCUAAAAAGAGCACCACCAUAAUAACCAGACCAGGGCACAUUAUUGCUGGAGUGCCACCUCCUCCAAUGAUGCCAGUACCACCACCACCAAGGCCCCCCAUGUUCAACCCCCUCCCCCCUCCUCCUCCUAUGAUGGGAGGAGUCAUGCCUGUACCCCCUCCACAUUAGUCCAAUCAAAAUAUUGUGAUUGAGUUUUUUGAUAAUAAAGUGAUUUAAAAGGAU